UGUGUAACAUCUGCAUCUCUGCUGAGUAGGUGCAGAAAGUUUUGUGCCUCUGAUCCCAAUAUAAGGCCUCCCUCUCUCUCCCAUCAAUAUCAACAAAUUAAACUGCCCUCUCUCUUUUUUAAAUAUAUAUACAUAAUUGUGUAACAUCUGAACAAGUCUGAGGAGAUCAGUGAAUAAAUAUCACAUCAGCAGAUGAAGGCUUUGCUUGUGUGAACAAGAAACCCUUUUCCAAGUGGUCCUCACCACAUCACUUCAAACCUCAACAUCACCUUUCAAAUCCUCUUUCUCUUCUUUUUCAUAGCUUUGAUUUCCUCACAAAAUUAUUUCUCUUCUCUCUCACCGUAUCAUACGGCAAAAGGGACCAUACACUUAUUUACAUAUAUCCAUAUAUAUAAAACACACACACACACACACGCACACUCCCAUAAAAAAAGGUUCGAUCUUUAUGCAAAAUAUGCAAGAACAAGGCAUGAGCAUGAUGGGUUCGGGCCCAAUUGGAGGGAUGAAUGAUGUGUCGAUGUCGGCGGCUCCGGCGGAGGUGAACCACCAGCUCAAGGCGGAGAUCGCCACACACCCACUCUACGAGCAGCUGCUGUCGGCACACGUGGCAUGCCUCCGCGUCGCCACGCCGAUCGAUCAGCUUCCACUUAUCGACGCGCAGCUCUCUCAGUCUCACCACAUCUUGCGCUCUUACGCUCAGAAUCACGCCCACUCUUUCUCCCCCCAUGAAAGGCAGGAGCUUGACAAUUUCUUGGCACAGUAUUUGUUAGUUUUGUGCUCAUUUAGAGAGCAGCUGCAGCAGCAUGUCAGAGUCCAUGCUGUGGAAGCAGUCAUGGCCUGCCGUGAAAUUGAACAGAAUCUGCAAUCUCUCACUGGGGCAGCACUUGGAGAGGGAAGUGGUGCAACCAUGUCUGAUGAUGAGGAUGAACUCCAAAUGGACUUCUCUUUGGACCAAUCCGGAGGCGAAGGGCACGACCUCAUGGGCUUCGGCCCGUUGCUUCCCACUGAGUCUGAGAGAACUUUGAUGGAGCGAGUAAGGCAAGAACUCAAAAUUGAGCUAAAACAGGGAUUCAAAUCAAGAAUCGAAGACGUGAGAGAGGAAAUACUAAGGAAGAGAAGGGCAGGGAAGUUGCCAGGUGACACAACCACUGUGCUCAAAAAUUGGUGGCAGCAACACUCUAAGUGGCCUUAUCCCACUGAGGACGACAAGGCAAAGCUAGUGGAGAAGACGGGUCUGCAGCUGAAGCAGAUAAAUAAUUGGUUCAUCAACCAAAGGAAGCGAAACUGGCACAGCAAUUCGCAGUCAGCUACGUCUCUCAAGUCCAAGAGGAAGAGGUAGACGAGGAGCUGAGAGCUGCUUAAGCCUGCUGGCCGUAUAUGAUAUGUUUACAAGGCAAGGCAAGAUCUGCUGACUGAUGAUUAGCUAAAUCAUAGAUAUAUCUUAGGUUGUCCGAGUCUCGAAUACAUAUAUCUAUAUUAUGUAUGUAUGUUUGUAGAUUUUGUAAGGUUGAAACCUGCUAACAGAUUCACUUCUGUGAACCCCUCAAAAUAACUGAGUAAUAAUUCAUCGUGUGAUGUUAUCUUA